AUGUCAUCAACCCCUUCGACUAGUCCAGUUGAUGAACAAGUCGGUGAUCAUAUAGAAGACAUGAUAUGUGAUCUUGGACAAGAGGGUUUUAGGAAAACACAUGUACCGUAUUAUGAAAAGUUAGAUAAUGAUUUGAAGAAACCAUUGUAUAUCAGAUGCACUAAGUACACACGGUUAUCAGGGGUGUUAGCUUUGGUGAAUUUGAAAGCAAGAUUUGGGUGGGGUGACAAAAGCUUCAACGAAUUACUCUUGUUAUUGAAGAAUAUGCUUCUUGUAGAUAACAUGUUACCGAAGACUCAUUACGAGGCAAAGAAGAUAUUAUGUCUUAUUGGUAUGGAAUACCAAAAAAUACAUGCUUGCCUUAAUGAUUGUAUUUUGUAUAGACAUGAGUUUGUUGAAUUGCGCAACUUCCCUACAUGUAGGGUGUCACGUUACAAAGUGAAUUAUGACGAUUGCAGUGAAGAUGCAAGCACAUACAAAGAUCGUCCACCAAAAGUGUGUUGGUAUCUUCCAGUAAUACCAAGGUUUAAGCGAUUGCUUGCUAAUGCAGAAGACGCAAAAAACCUAACAUGGCAUGCUGAUGGCAUGACCAAAGAUGGAUUGCUUUGUCAUCCUGCUGAUUCUUCUCAAUGGGAGACAAUUGAUCAGUUGUAUCUAGAGUUUGGCCAAGAUCCCAGAAACCUAAGGCUUGCUCUUGCUUCAGAUAGAAUGAAUCCAUUUGGAAACUUGAGUUGCAAUCAUAGUUCGUGGCUUGUUUUGUUGAUCAUUUACAACUUCCCUCCUUGGUUGUGCAUCAAGCAGAAGUACAUAAUGAUGUCUAUGAUGAUAGCCGGUCCAAGACAACCAAGAAAUGACAUUGAUGUGUAUCUUGCUCCCUUGAUUGAAGACCUCGAAAAAUUGUGGGUAGAAGGGGUUGAUGUGUAUGAUGGGAAUGCUAAUGAGACCUUCAGGUUGCGUGUUAUGAUAUUUUGCACCAUUAAUGACUUUCCAGCAUAUGGGAAUUUGAGUGGAUAUAGUGUGAAAGGCCACCACACAUGUCCCAUACGUGAGAAAGACACAAGUUACAUCCAAUUAAAGCAUGGCAAAAAGACAAUGCAUACAAGACACCGAAAAUUUUUAAAACCUUUUCACCCAUAUAGGCAAAUGAAGAAAACAUUUAAUAAGAUAUCUGAGAUUGACAGUGCACUGAUUCCUUUGUCAGGUGUUGAAGUUUUUGAUCGGGUGAAGAACAUUAGCCAUAUGUAUGGGAAGACACAAAAAAAGGAUGGCACCCCCAACAAUAUUUGGAAGAAAAGAUCCAUCUUCUUUGAUCUGCCUUACUGGUGCGAUUUACAUGUGAGACCACAAAAUCUGAGUGCUUAUCUUGGAUUGACUGGAAAGAGGAUUUCUACUCCCUCAGAUGCAAUAUAUGCUGGCCUUGGAACACAUUAUGUGCCAUCUGGAAAGUUAGGUUUAUUCAAGGAUGGCCUCUUGGCCACAAACUUGUAUGUUAACUUCAAAUCAGUUGUCAAUAUUCUAUGGAUCAUUGGCCACAAAAAUUCUACCAUGCUACAAUGUUAG